AUGUCUAGCCGCCAGCUCCGUAAGCUGCAAAAACAGAGGGAGCUAGAGAAGCUUCAAGAGGCCAAAUCGGCCGCAGAGGAGUCCAGCGACGACGAGCCCGAACCUGUACCCAUGAAACCUCGACAGAGUCUAUUCGCAGCGUUAAGUGGUGCUGACGACAACAACGAUGACGAAGAAUCGGACGACGCGCAAGAUGCAGCCCUACCAGAAUCCGAACCUGAGAUAGCGCCUCAGCCUGCGAAGAAGAAGAACAAGAAAAAGAAGAAGGCGAAGAAGGCUGCGAAGCUGGACGAAUCCGCAAAGAACACCGAGGACAAGGAAGAUGAGAUUGAUCGGGCCCUUAAGGAGCUCAGCAUUGCGCGCAAUGCCGGCUCGGCCGCCUCCGACAACCUCGCGCAACGAAGCCGCGACGUCGACGAACUCCUCCAAAUCAACACCCAAUACCUCCGGGCGAUCAACGAGAUGCGCGCUCUGUUUGGAAAGGAUGCCAUUCAGGCUGCUCAAGAGGAAGAACGGGCCGAGCUGGAGGCUGCGCGCCGGGCUCAAAGGGGCCCUAAUCAACACGUCGACCUGGAGACGGCACUUCGAGGGGACCCGCGUAAGAAACUCCCCGAGAUAUCGCUGCGACGCAACGUCUUCAUCCAAGGCAAAGACACGUGGCCACGCGCUACUGCGGCGGGGCUGGUCAUGAAGGAGAUCCGAAAAGGCUCGGAUGGCCUUACCGAGUUUGCUUUCGUGCACGAGCAGACCUACGACAACGUCCAGAUCAUGUUCUUCAGCUGCGUCCAGCUCGGCGACCCCAUGCAGAUGGUUCAGCUUCUGAUGCGCUUCCCCUACCACGUCUCGACCUUGCUCCAGGUUAGCAAGGUCGCCAUCCAGGACCAAAACCAGGCCCUGGCUGCGGACCUUUGCGAGCGAGCACUGUUCACUUUUGGUCGGGCUACGACAUCUGCCUUCAGACAAAAGCUGGAGCAGGGCAAGGCCCGGCUCGACUUCCGCCGCCCGGAAAACCGCGAACUAUGGCUCGCCGGGUACACAUACCUUAAGAGCCUGAUUCGCAAGGGCACUUACAGGACUGCACUGGAGUGGGCGAAGCUGCUCUUCAGCCUGAACCCUAACGAUCCUUACGGGAUGAAGUACUUCAUCCACACACUGGCCAUCCGCGCACGCCAAGCGCAGUGGCUCAUUGAUUUCAUGACCACGCACGAGUUUGUGUCGGACGAGACAGACGACACGUAUCUCAAGCAGACGCUCGUUCUCGCGAAGCUGCAGGUGGGCGACACUGACGGAGCAAAGGUUGCCGCCGUGGCGGGCAUGGAGCGGUUGCCGUGGCUCUACUGUGCCCUCUUUCAGGCGUUGAACGUGGAAGCGCCGCCUCCCUUGUGGGGUGUACGACCUGACACCAACGAGCGCGAGUUCUGGACGAAUCUCUACAUCCACCAAGCCAAGGAUAUCUGGAACAACACGCAGGCCAUUGACCUGCUCAAGGAAGCUGUCAAGAUGGCGCAGAAGCCCAGCCAGGCCCUCCCGGAAGAUAUGCCGGCAGACAAUCGCACAGCCAGGUGGACUUGGUUGGAAGACACUCCAAGUCUGCUAAGCGGCAUUCCAAGAGCGAUGCUCGCGCGGGAACCCAACUACGCUUUUGACCCUCUCCCACCGCCAAAGGAAGAGAACAUCUUUACGAGCCAGGGCGUCCAGAUGCCCUGGCGGCAAGGCGGCGAGCAUGGUGAAGAUGGAAUGUUUGCUCAAGAGCGCGCGCUCAUGAACCUGCUCCGGAGACAGCAAGAGAGAGCCGCGGCGAGAGGUGGGGCGGGAGCAGGAGCCGGGGGUGCCGCGGACAUGGGCGCAAUGGGAGGGGCGGGUGCCAUGGGUGCCAUGAUGGGUGCAUUCCCGGAGGAUGACGACGAAGGAGACGACUUUGGGGACGCGUGGGAGGGCGCAUUCAGCGACGGGGACGAUGAUGGGCUUGAGGGCGACGGACGUCAGCUCCCCUCGGCUGGCGUGGUCCAGCGGCUGGCGGAUAUGCUAGCGUCUAUGAUACCUGGCGGAUGGCCGGCGGAGCCGACUGGCGAGAGCGACGAGCACUCGAACGCGGGAGACGAUGAGAUGCCUAGCCUGGUUGACGCUGACGAGGACAUUGGUGAUGGCGAGGCACGACAGCAGCGUGGCGGGCACCAGCCGCAGUAG